AUGUACAAAGAUAAUGAAAAUCGGUAUGAUAAUGAUGAUGAUGAGUUACCGAGACGACUUCUUCGGUGGCCGAGUAUAUUGCCCCGACCAUUUGCUUGGAAAAAGUCCUAUGAUACUGAUGAUAAUAAGGUUCCAAGACGACUUGUUUGGUGGCCGAAUAUAUUGACUCGACCAUUUGCUUGGAAAAAGUCCCCGAGUACUCCGAUUAGUAGUGAAUCCGCGAUUUUGGAUCCCAAACCGUGUUCAACAAAAAUGGCAGAAUCUGGAAGUAAUAAAAUGGAAGGGACCCCCAGCGCUGAAGAUAAAUUUGAUAAUAAUUCACUUGAGGAAUUACUUCGAGAAAACGGUCUAUUACCUGCUAUUGAAGAUGUUCCAGUCGCCGGUGGUCAAGAAGUUGUUGAGGAAGCUGAAGAAAAUCGUAUUCAUACGAUUGGUAUCCCUCUUGCUGAACAAGCCUUAAGAGCUUUGAGAAUCGUUUCACGACAUGAAUCACGCUUUCAACUUACGUUGCCCGAAGAGGCAUCAGGAGAGGAGGAAUCACCUGUCAUAGUUUUCCGAACUCCCACCAUUAUCCGGAUUAAGAAGAAAUGGUCCGGUGUCCAAGAAGCUUCCAUAUAUGAUCCCUCUGUUCGUAUGCAAAUGAGAAAAGCGGUGGAUGAAGCUAUUGCUGUGAAGCCAGAUGAUAUCCCGAGUACAUCGCGUGGAUAUACGAGUUCUAUUCCGGAAAGUGGUGAAGCUACUGACGAAGAGAAAGCUAUCAUCAACGAGCUAUUACCGCUUUGUGGAUUAUUCAAUUCUAUCGAUUACACCGAUCCCACCUGGUAUUACAAACUUAAAAAGAUUAUCUUUUUACGAGUGAAUCAACUUGAACAGGAGUAUAAGAAUGCAAUGUCAAUGGGUGACGAAUUGCGGAAACGUAAUGAGGAACUUCGCAGUUUGCAUAACAAUAUCACUUUACAGAGUGUGAUCAGUGGGCCUCAAUAUUCAUAUGAAGAGAUUAUCACAAAUCCUAGCACUGAAGAUUUGGGCCCUCAUUUUCCAAUUUCUCCAGAUUCCAGCCUUCAGGAUUUGGAUGCUCAGUUUCAAGUUUUACCAGAUCCUAGUAUUGAAGAUUUGAAUGCUGAGUUUCAAAUUUGCUCAGGUCCUAGCACUGAAUAUUUAAAUCCUCAGUAUCAAGAUUUAUCAGGUACCAGUGCUCAGGAUUUGGAUCCUCAGCAACCAAGAUGGCCUUAA